UAUGCAUUUUUCCAACUCCAAUUGAAACAAAGAAAGAGAAAUAAUAAAAACACCCUGCUUUGAUAAUCAUUUAAAAAAUGUUCUAAAAAUUUUUAUAUUUUUCCGAGGGCUUUGCAAAACUGAACUGCCAAGGCGAUCACCAGUCUUUCAUAUCAUUUGAAUCUUUAUGUGUACUUUAUAUAUGUGUACAUACAUAUAUAUAAUAUACAUAAAUAUAUGCAUAAAUAAUUCUGUUUUUUUUUGUAUUUUGUUUUGAUUAUUAUUUUUUUAUUCUGAAAUGUUAUAAUUGAGUCGUCUCUCGAUUGUACACUAGUUGAGUUCGCGUUUAUUUAGUGUGGUGAAUUCGUUUAUUUUUCCGGUACGCAAAAGAACAAUUUAUCACAAAUAAAAAAAAAUUUAAACAAAAAUAAAAUCGAAGUAUUCGAAAAUAAAAUUGAAUAUAGUCAUUUUAAAUAUUAUAAAUUGAAAUUAAACAAAUUAAGUUUUGUUUUUGGUUAAUUUCUUCUUAAAGAGAUUUUUCCAAUUUUCAUACCAAAAUCAGAAAAUCAUUAAAAAAAAUUAAAUAUGCCAAGAAAUCGGAAAAAGAAAAAUAAUAAUAACCAACAAAAGAAAAAAAAUAACAACAACAAUAAUAAUAAUAACAAUAAUAUCAACAACAGCAAGCAAAUUCAAGAAAAGACACUUGAACAAAAUGAAAAAUGUAAUGCGGUAGUCGCGACCGAUACAAUUAAUGCUAAUAUUACGACAAAUACUACUGCUAAUACAUCUACAAUAAUUAUAGUACCAAGUAGUGAAGAAAAGAGCACCACAAAAAAUAAUUGUAUUGAUGGCAAUGCUCCAAUUUUAAAUACAACUAAUGAAAAAAAAAUUAGUGAAGUGGAAUUCGCAUGUGCUAUUCCUUCUGUUUCUCCUAUAGCUACUCCUAAUACAAAUAUAAUUAAUGAUACCGACAUUCAUAAUAAUGAUCAUCAUCAACAUAUACAUAAUAAUGAUGAUGAUGCAUCAUCAUCAUCAUUAUCCGCAUUUAUAAAAUCACCAUCACCACAACAUCAGUCAACGGUAUAUAGUGAAACGACUAUAAUCGACGAAUCGAUAUUAAAUAAUAAUUAUAAAAAUAAUAAUAAAAAUAUUAGCAAAAACGAUAAUAAGGAAAUUGAAAAUAAAUUAAUUAAAACCGAUACAAGUACUAGUAACGGAAAUAAUUUUAAUAAUAAUAGUAAUAACGUUAAUAUCGAAGAUAUAAAUAAUACUGAUACAAUUUUUAUUGACGAAAAUUCGAUAAAUUUAAUAGGCAAAACGGGUUCAUCGACAUCAAAAGAUGCUCAAAUACCAAAUGAUAAUGAUACUGCCGGCAGUGUCACACUUAUACGUAAAGAAAAAAUUGAUCGUGAAAUGCAAAUAUUUAAAGACUUAAGUAAACCAGAAUCCUCAUUAUCUUCCGAGAAUAAUGAUCCGGAAAAUGAAUCGAGUUCCUCAAAUCGAGAUAAUCAAUUAUCGAUACAAUUAAAAUCAAUAACAUAUCAUUUAGAUCCAAAUCAUGAAAGUGAUAAUAAUGAAGAUUCGGAAAAAGAAAAACCCACCAUAAUAAAACAUGUAAAGGAAACGAUUUCGGAAGUUGUAUCUGUGAAAUGUGAUAAAAGUUCCGAUAACAAUAAAAUCAGUUGUAGUGCAAUAAUUGAAAGUGAAAAAAUAGAAUGUACAGAACCAAGUUUUAUUGAUUCAUUAAAAAGUGUUUAUGAAAAUAUUUCGGAAUCGUCUUCGCCGGAAAAAAAAUCGGAAACGGUAUCGGAAAGCGGUAAUGUUAAUAUUUCGAAUAAAAACGAAAAAUUACUUUCAAAUACAUUAAAUGUAGAUGAAACAAUCUAUGAUAAUGUUUCGCAAACGGGUACUGAUGUAGAGGAAACGUUUUCAAAAAUUAUUGCAGAAUUUGAUAAAUUAGAUGAUGACAUUGAUUCUGCGUUCCUUGAAAUUAGUAAAGAAGACACAAAAUCUGUAAAAAAUGAACCAGAAAUCGUUAUUGAGAAAAAUUCGGCCACAAAAAAGACAACUUCACAGGAAGAGUUAAGCAUAAUAUCUGACAAAGCUUCGAAGCCGUUCCCAAUUUCCACAAAUUUGGAGCCAAAAUCAGCUACAUCUAAGCCUAGCGUUAAAAUUCAUAAAAUUACUGUAGAAAGUGAAUCAAAACCAAAUAAUGAUAGCGUUCAAAAAACAUUGAGCGAUGAUAAUGUUGAAGAAACAUUUUCGGAAAUAAUUUCGAAAUGUGAUAAGUUAGAUAAGGAUGUUGAAGAAGUUUUUGAUGAAAUAAGCAAAGAUGAAACAGAAAUAUUGAAAAGUGAUUCGGCAAAAGAAUUAGAUGAAAUGAUAAAAAUUUUAACUUUAGAAUUUAAAUCUGCCGCAAAUGCUAAAGAAACUUGUAAAGAAAAAGAUCGUGGUUAUACAGUUCUAUCGCCGACAAGCUUAAAAAGCUCAGAUGACAACCUGCAAGAGAAAUUUACAAAAUCCAGUGAAAUGGUAAGACAACUAACAUCCGACAGUGAAUCAAAAAGUCUUGCAGAAUCUACAGAAGAUCUUAAUUUUACGGUUACAUCACCAAUAAGUUUAAAAAGUUCAGAUGAAAACUUAAGAGAUAAAGCAUCCCAUUUUGUGACUAUAGAAGAAAUAAACGAGGGAUUAUCAAAAAUGCAAGAUAUAGAAAAAGACAAAUAUCAGACACAACCUGUGCAAGCCAAUUUUGAUUACAGCAGAAUGAAUCCGUUCUUAAUAGAUAAUACAGUCACAAUAGAAGAUUUGGAUGAAGAUGAUGACAUUGUAAUAUUAAAUGAAUCUGAUGAUCAAAAUAAAAUUCCACCCAAAGAUUAUAAAACAAAAAAAAAUACAAAAAGAAUUGCAUUACAAACUCAUUUUCUUCCACAAAUUAUUGAACCAAGAUAUUUGGAUUGUAUUAAAGAAGAAAGUAGUGAUUUAAGUGACAUUGAUAAAAGAGAAGAUUCUGAUAUUGUUCAAAGUAGUUCAGAUGCAGGUAGUGCUACCGGUAUUGGCAUAGGUAGUAAUUUUGAUGAUCUUGAAGAUGAAGUAUUUUAUGAUAAUGAAAUUUAUCAGAAAGCAAAUGCAGUGUAUCCCAAAAUUCAGUUAGAUUUUUCAAAAAAGAAAAAAAAAGUUAUUGGUGUUAGGCACCCAAUUAAAGCAGAUGUUAUAUCAGAAGAAGAUAUUCAAACAAUUGUUGAAACGAAACUAGUUGAACAACCUUCAAUUGAAGAAGGAUGCUCAAAAACAUGGUCAAAAAACUUAAUACCAUCAUCUGAACAAGCUGAAGUAAUUUAUUUAAAUUCAGCUUCAAGUAGUUCAUCUGAUAUUAUGGAUUCAGAUAAUGAUACAAAAGACACAAAAUCUACUAAUGAAUACAAUGUAGAUGAAGAUGAAUCUGAAACAAGAAUUAAAACGCCAACAAUCGAUUAUCUUCAUGAUCCAACAAAUAAAACACUUGAAAAUUUAACAACGCAAUCAAACACUUCAGAAAGCAAUACAAACCAGGACGAGCAAAAACAAGAACAAGAAAGACUAAUACAAUUCGAAAAACAGCAGCAACUACAACAACAAAAAAUUUCUUCUCCUACACAUCAAAGCAAUGAAAAUAACAGUACUACUAAUAAUACUCUUAAUAAAAAUAAUGAAAAUGGAGAAUUUUCGGAGAGAAUUCAUCCAGUAAAUGAGAAAUUUAACACUCAAAAGAAUAUCGAUACAGCAAGUAACGAUAUUCAUAUGAGUUCGACACCUGUUAGUGGUAUUAUUAAUAAUUUUAUGAUUUCACAAAAUACAAAAUUAGUUUCCAAUGAAAAUUUAAUGAUAAAAGAAGAAAAUUUAGCGGAGAAUUUUGCAAAAGAAAAUUUAAUAAAUGAAAAAAAUGAAAAUAUACUAAUACAAAAACAAUUACCACCUACUGGAAAUAUAGAAAAAUUCGAUGAAAUAAAUAAUAAUAAUAAAUUAUCAUCAGAUACAAAAAUAACAACAAAAAUUACUGAAACAACAACAACAACAACAAAAAUAUCUACAUCGUCAGAAGAAAAAACAACAACAACUGAAUUAAGUGAGAAAAAUUUAAAUAUACAUAAUAAUAAAAUUAACACAAACAAAAUGGUAAAUUUGAAUAUGAAUUUAUCAAAUUUAGAAGAAAAUUCAAAAUUGGAUGGCAACACUCUGAAAGGAAUUUUACGGCAAGAAUCAGCAGAAAGUCAUUGUUCAGCGCAAAGUCACAGUACCGUUAGUAGUCAGUGCACCGCUAUUCGAAAAGGAUCACCAAUUCCUCCUGAAGAUAACAAUAACGCAACAUCACCAACAAAAAGCCUUAAACAAAUUUGUUUAGAAUCACUUGUUUCUAUGCCAUAUGGCAAAGAUGUUUUAGAAGAAUUAGCAUCAGUUUCUCAAAGUUUAGAUUAUCUAACUGAUAAACCAGAAGUACAGCAUAUGCAAGCAGCUAAAUCUGAAGAAUUACUUAAUUGUAUCGAUAUGCCUUAUCCAUUACCAGAACCACCAAAAAUACAUAAUAUUGAAAUCAAAUUUGAACCGUCAAAUUCUCAAACAAUUUUAAAUAAUAAUCAUUAUGAUUCUGAAAUACCACCACCAUUACCAAAAUUACCAGCUGAAUUACAAAAAUUCAGUACACAUCAAAAUUAUCAAACUUAUAUAAAUGAACUUCGAAAUGUCACUUCAAAUAAUAAAAAUUCAAAUGAAUCAUUAUCAAAAAUUCCAUAUGAUGGUAACUUGAAUUCAAAUUAUACAAAGAAUUUGGAAAAUUUUCAAGAAUCAAAAUAUAAUUUUACUUCUAACAAAAAUAAUGCAACACAAACACAAUCAACAAUAAUACCACCACCGGUACCCCCACUACCAUCAUUUGGAAGAGAAAAUAAUUUCAAAGAAAAUUAUUCUAAUAUUAAGAAUGAAAACAACUCACAGCAUGAAAAUAAUCAUAGAUUAUUAGAAAUCAUUCGAAGUAAUUCAGUGGAUCAACCGUCACCCAAAGAAAACACUAAUUCAAUUUUAUCAUCACUGAUGUCUAAAACAUCAUCUUCUGAUAUGAAAACUGGAAAUCAAUCGUCGUCAAUAAGUACAGAGACGAAAAAAUCAGAAAAAAUUUCUGAAAUAAAAAGUUCAUCAAUAUUGUCAGAUGAUAAGUACAGUAGUAAAAAAUUUAGUGAUUUUCAAUCACCCAACAGCCGUCAUUUUAACAAUGAUGAUAUAUGGAAGUUCUUAAAUGAUCCAAACUAUUUUAAUUCAUCAUCUGAGAAGUUUCCCACAAGUGAAUUUGAUAAAAUAUUUUCAAACCAAAAAGAUUCAUCUACUUCUACAUCAACACCUUCUUUAACAACUUCUAUACCUGCAAUUCCUAAGCGCUUCUCAAAUAUUGAAACUUCAACAUUUGAAUCCAAAAAAGUUUUUCAAAAUGGUAAAUUAAUCUCAGAGGUUCAGAACUCUAGUCACAAUGAUCGUGUUGAUGAAAAUUCUUUAUCUUCUCUCAAAAAAUUCAUAUCCGAUGGUAAUCUUAAAGGUGAUAUUGAAGAAAAAUGGUCAUCAAAUAAUUUUAAAACUUUCAAAAAUACAUCGGAUGCGACAGAUUCUAUUAAUAAAAAUGUCGCAACCGAUACUACUACCACUGAAAAGAAACCACAACAAACAGAUCAAGCAUCACAAACAUCACAAAAGCAACAACCGAAUCAACAACAAAUACAUGAACAAUUUCACACUAAAACAGAAGAAUCUCGUAAAUCAGAUAGUUUCUCUUAUGAUGAAUUUAGGCAAAGAGCCAAAGAGAGAGCUGAAAGUAAAUCUAAAAGUGAAAUAUUCAAUUCUGAUGAUAUAUUUAAAGAAUUUAAGAGAUUUUCAGAAAAUUUAGAUCGUGAUAUUGCAAAAAAAACCGAUAAUUUAAGGUCAAAUUAUCAUGUCCCCGAUAGUAUAAACAUACCAAUUAAAAUUGAAAAUCAACCGCCAAAACAGCAAAGUUCAAGUACACAUAAUGAAAGUGCGAAAAAAACUGAACAGUUUUCCUCGCAAACUCAAACACAAAAUGAAAAGAAAGAAAUCCAAAUACCUAUUAAUUUUGAAAAAGAAAUCUCAACAAAACAAGAAACGAAAACAGAAAAAACUGUGCACGAGGACCUUAGCGAAUUUAGAGUUCCUUCAAUGAAUCAAGUCAAAAAGGAAUUUAAUAUACCAAUAAAUAUGGAACCAAAUAAAUUUGAGCAAAAAGUUUUCUCAAAUCCACCCCCUCCACCACCACCGAAAACCGAACACACUAUACCAAUUCACUUUGAUACAGAUCUGAAAUUCAAUAAAACUGAAACUUUCAAUGAACAACAUGAUAAAAUAAAAGAUGUGCCAAUGUGGCUUGGCACAAGUAAGGAAUCUUUAACUUCGAAUAUUUCGAAAUCUCAAAAAGAAGUAAAUAUACCAAUUAAAAUUGAAAAACAACAAGAACAAACUAAAACGGAAACCGUUUCUAGCAUAAAAAGUGAACAAAAGACAUCCUCAGCUCAAAAUUCAUCAAUUCAGACAGAUUCACUUCAUAAUAUUGCUAAAGAAUUUCGUAUUCCAAUUAGCGUUCAGAAGGAUGAUAUACAUCCCACGUCUUCGGUUCCUGGUGGUAAACGUGAAUUUAAUAUUCCAAUACAUAUAGAAAAUAAUAAUAAAAAUCCAUUAAAAAAAGAUAAAUGGGAAACUGAUGAUGAACUUCCAAGGUCAGCUCCUGCUACAGGAUAUCAUACAUUUGAUAUACCAAUUAAAACAGAAUUACCAUAUGCCCCUGCUCAUUCUGAUGAAAAACGAAGACGAACAUAUUCGAGCAGUGUACAUGAAGAUAUGUAUAAAUCUGAUAAUACAUCCGAUUAUUGGCGUUCAAUCGAAAAUAUAUCAUCGAGAGCAGCAACACCUAGUUUAUGGCGUUCAUCUGUAGAUUUAUCUUCCAGAGUUUCAACGCCCUCUCUGGAUAAAGUUGUUAGACCAAUUGAAAAAGAAGUUGAAAUAUGUUUGUUUGGUAAAAGUCCUAAAAUUAAGGCACCCAGGUUAACUGCAUCAACUAAUAAUUUAACUUAUUAUAUGCCUUGUCCACCAGAGCAUUAUAAUCAACAACCUUUUAAUUAUACAACAAUGCCAAAUAGAUCAACUUCAAGACGUAAAUAUUUUACGAGUUGUCAGUCAAUGAUUGAAGAAACUCCAAAUACUCCGUAUUCACAGCAACCACAUUUUAUACGUCAAAAUCAAAAUCGUGUUUCUAUGGGAAGAGAAAUGAAUCCCCAAGCUGAAUAUAUUCGAAGAAAAGAAGAAGAACUCAAAAAGGAAUAUAUUGCACUAGAGGAUGAACGUGAAAAACUUUUAAAAGAUUUGACACAAUUUAAUGAAACUCUUGAAAAGGAAAUUUAUGAAACACAAUUAAAAAAGAAUGCAGAAAAUCGUAAACAAUUAAUGCAGGAACUAAAUAAUUUUCAUCAAAUGAAUCAGAAUCAUCAACCAAGACGACGCUCAUGGAAUGCUCAAUCUGAAGAAGAGGCCCUUCAACAAAGGAUGCGUAAUGAAUGGCUUAAUAAAAUAGCUGAACGUGAAGAUCGUCGUAUGCACAAGGUUAUUAAAAUAACAAAACCAAGUGAUGAUUUACAACAAUCAUCGAAAAUUUCUGGACAAAAUGUUAGAAAACUUUCAGAUACAAUAAAUAUUGGUGAUGAAUUUUUACGUCGUGUUAAAGAACGUCGCACAAAAUUAAAUAUGCCAGCUGAUAGUGAUUGGGAAAGCGGUGCAGAAUCACAACCGAUACCAAGUAAAGAUCAAAAACAUUUUAUGCAAUCAACAACUGAUUAUAAUGUAAAAAUUAUGGAAAAUCGUUCUGAAGCUGAUUUAAAAAAUUUACCAAAACAUUUAGUUGAAUUUGCUGAAUUUGUUAAAAAAUUCGAAGAGGAACACAAGGAUUUGGGUAUCUUUGAGAAUGAAAAAAGGACUAUUACUAAUUUAUCAAAUAGUAUUAGUAACUUAUCAAGUGGUGUUUGGUCUCCAAAUAAUAACGAAACAUUCAAAGUACCUUCUGAUAAUAUUAUUCAGCACCAAGAAAAUCAACAGUUACCAGAACAAAAACAUCAAAAGGAACAACAGCAAACUCAUCACUUAUUAACAACUCCACCGCCACCUCCACCUCCACCAUUACCAUCCCUAUCAAUUUGGAGUCCACAACAAUCACCGCAACAAUCACGAAAAUUUCGUCCGGUCAAAUUUCAAUCUCCGACACUUCAACGAAAAUAUGUUCGUGAAGGUUCACAAUAUGUAAAUCCCCCAUGGAUUUCAGAUGCAAAUACUUACAACAAUAAAACAAAUCGUUUACAACAACAGAAACAACCAUUUUCAACAAAUUCGAUUUCAGCAUCUGAUUUUGCAGGAACUCAAUCACUUAGUUGUUCCAGUUUAAAUAAUAUUGAGAAUAAUUGCAAUAGAUUCAAUAAUAAUUUAAAUCAUAAAAAUAUUAAUAAAUUUGGAUCAACAUCAUCAUUAAAAGGGAAAGAAAAUUUACAGAGUGUUCAUUCGACUGGUUUUAUUAAACCGAAUGAAGUAGGUAUUAAAAAGUUUACAAAUCAACAAAGCCAGUUUUUAAGUGACGUUUAUUCUCUUAAAAGUGAGUACUUAAGUGAACCAGAAUUAAAUAGCGGACAUCCAAAAAAAAUGGCUCAACUUGCUCACAGACAAAUUGAGGGUAUAGGACCAACAACCAAAGACGGAAUGCCCAUAGUUUUAAGAUCGGAAGUAAAACAGAACAACCAGCACCAAUGGUACAAAAAAAUGUUUCAAACUCUUCAUAAAGCCAAAGAUAAUGAUGAAAGCAUCGUUAUUCGUUACAAGUCGCCCAAAGGUCGUUAUUCAUAUAAAUCGAACGGGUAUAUGUCAGAGCCCGAACCAUAUUAUGAUUCCGAUUAUUCUAGUAUGAAAUAUAGAUCUGUUGAAAGGAAACCACGAACGAUAUCAGCUUCAAGCUCGCAAAACGAAAGAAGCUACGGUACAUUACCAAACCCAGUGAAACCAGGCUCUGAUCCAUACAAAAAUCAACCAGGAAAAAUUGAAAAUUUUACACCUGGUCAUUCAUCUGUUUCAGAAAAAGAGAGAAAAGAUUGGUGGGACGAAGUCAUGGACAUCUUUAACGGGCAUUGGGAACAACAAAAAUUAUCUCCCCACUAUUCUGAAGGAAAUUUAUCUAGGGCCCUGAAAGAUCACGAAUACGAUAGUGACUCAAAUUUAAUAUUCCGUAAAAAAGAACAAAAUUUACAAUCACCAUUAAGUCCAAUUGAACAAAAACAAGCCUAUCGCAGUGUACAAGCCGGCGGUGAACCACCAUUAUUAGGAUUUAGAAAACCAGCACCGGAAAAACCAAAAGGAAAUAAUACUAUAGAAUAUUUACCAAUUACAUCAACUUUAACUAAAAUUCGUGUUUACAAUCACCCCAUCGAAAUGGAUCGACGAUCUAAUCUUGGUCCUUCAUCAUUAAUUUCUUCUAAAUCAUAUACUAUGUUAUCGUCUUCAAGUGCCACAUUGAAUGAAAAUAAAGCAAUAAUAUCACCCCCGACACCACCAAACCGUAAUUCUUCUAAAACGCGAAGCAGCACUACAAUUCGAUCUUAUUCGGAAACUAGGAAACAACCCCCUAAUCCAUCUGAUCGACAUUAUUCAUGUUUUCAUACGGGUAAUAAAACAGAAUACGAACCUCAAGCAAAUAAAUUCGGUACUAUAACACUUCGUAAACAUGGAAAACGUGAAUCAAUUUUACAACAUCCCACAAGAUCUAAAUCUACCGGGGCAAUAACAUCAGUUUUGACAUCAAAAUUUCAAACAAAAGAAAAUAAAAUACCAACAAUAAAUGGUCCAUUAUCCGGUGACAACUCACGCUCAAGGGCUUAUAUUAGACCUCAUUCGGUUCGUAUUAGUACAUCAAUUAGCCCACCGAGUCGUCCAACAUCAAGGCUAACAAGCUUACGUCAAUCUAGUCCGAGUCCAAUUGCAUUUGGCCGAAGUAUAUCAAAAGAACGCGCAUUUGCCGUUGAAAAGAAAAGACUUGAAGAAACACUGCCAUUGUGCAAACGUAGUUUUGCAUCUAGCACAAACAUUCUUAAGGACCCCAGUUUAAAAUCACCUGAUGAAGUAGUUAAAGCUGUACAAAGUUAUGCCCAUAUACACCCAUUAGCACGCAGCAAAUCUGUACCCAAAACUGUUUAUUCAACAUGCUCCAAGCCUACAUCAACUUUUCAGCAAUCCCUUUCUUCUAUUAAAAAGAAAUUAAGCUGUGUUGAUAAAAUACACAGUAAAUAUCAUUCAAACGUCCCGAAAACUUCAGUUUCUAUAUCUAGGGAAUAUAAGAUAUCACAUACUCCAUAUAAACCUAGGGAGCUUACGGUAAAUAAAAUAAGCAAGUCGGCAUCAAAGACAACAGCCCCAACAAGUACGUCUAACUUAAGUUUAGCCAGAAGUAAUUCAACAUAUUCAAUUGAUUCAACUGGUUCAAAGAAAAUUUUGCGCAAACCCAUCACUUCAACACGAUCUAAAUCCCACGAACCUUCUAUGAAGCAAAUUCCUCCGCCACCUCCUAUGAUUCAAAGCACAGACGGCAAUAUUUUAAAGAAAGUCGCUCAAUGUUUUAGUAAAUCAGAAACCAGCACUGGUUUAAAAAAAUUACACCCGGAAACGAAUAGACCAUCCAAUGCUUUCUUUCAAAACUUAUUUUUGCAUGAUUCAAGUAUAACAUAUGAGGACGAAGAAUUUGAUUUACAACCGACUGCGUCCGUACAAGAACGAGCUAGAUAUUUCAAUACUUUUUCUGAGAAAUCUGAUAGGCCUAUAUUAUUUACAGGCCGUUAUUUAACGCAGAAAAAACCAAUUUCUUCCUCAAAAUUUGUAUCAUAUCAAUCAAGAAGCUUAAGUCCCACAUACAGGCGGGAAGGUCAAAACUCAGCAUCAGAACAAACCCAACAAGUUUCCACCAAAUUAAGAACUAUUCAUCAAGUUAGUGAUGAUAAUUUAAAAAAGGAUGACGAAUGCGAAGUUCAUGAAAAACUUGAAUUGGAAUUCACAAAACGAACUCGCACUGAAUCAGGAUCAAAAUUUGAACAUGAUUUGCCUUAUUAUGACGAUAGUAAUGCUGUAAAAAUGGAGAAAUGCAAGGAAAUUAAGAGAAAAUCAUUUUCACCAACAAGGGAAGUUAGGAUCCAUCCGAAAGACAGUAGAUCCUUUUCACCAACACAUCCUCCACUUGCGUCACAACAAAAGCGCGAAUUCUCACCAACACGAGAAAUUCGUGUAGACCCCGACGAAAUUCGAUCAUAUUCACCUCCACCUCAGAUAAUUAGAAAAAAGUCAUUCUCCCCUAGUCCUGAAGUUCGCAUUCCACUUGAAGAUACUCAGCAUUCAUAUAUGCCAUAUGGAUCAUUGAAAACAGUCAGAUCAAAAACUAGAAAAGAAUUUUCACCUACAAGAGAAAUUCGUGUUGAUCAAGAAGAAGUUUUAACUUCAGUUCGUAGAUCUAGACCUCUUGGAAGAUCAUGUUCCAUCAACCAAUUUUUUCAUGAUAAAACUUCAAAAUCUAAAUUUUCCCCAACACGGGAAAUAAGGAUAUCGCCCAAGGAAGGUCAUUCGUAUUCUAAUAUAAUAAAAAACACAGUAAAACCUGAUUACUCGCCUACACGUGAAGUGCGUAUUUCACCUAAAGAAUUUCAUUCCUACGGAACUGCCAUUACUACCAAAUCAAAAUCAAAUGAUUACUCACCCACUCGUGAAGUGCGAAUUUCCCCAAAGGAGCAUCAUUCAUACGCAGCCACAAUUCCAAGACGAUCGAAACCCAGAGAUAAAUCAUUUUCGCCAACAAGAGAAAUCAGAACUAAUCCAAUAGAAAACCUAUCCUAUUCUCCGUCUUUUCCUUCAAGGGCCGUGAAAGAUGAUUCCUUUUCUCCAACAAGGGAAACUCGAGUGUGUCCAUCAAUUAAGCAAUCGUAUGUUCCAAUAGAAAUUCAAAAACAAAAAAAGCGAAGGGAUUCUUUUUCCCCGACUCGGGAAGUUCGAAUAUUUCCAGGCAGACCCAUAGAUCAGUCUAGUAGUUACCAAUCUGAUAACUUGCAAAGGAGAAAAGGCAGACCAUUUUCACCCACUCGAGAAGUGCGUACUAGACAAAACCGUCAUUCAUUUCCAUACACACCAGACGAUCAAACCAGAUAUGUAAAUAUUGAGUCUACAGACUAUGACGAUGAAAUUCAUGUAACCAUGACGGGAAGUAGGGAGUUCGUGUCUCCCUCUAGGCGACGCAUUCAAACAGUUCAAAAAUCUGAAUCAGCCAAAAUUAUUCGUGCUAGUAGUUUGAGCAGUGCAGAUGACCGUUCCAAACGGGGUCUUUACUACUGCAGUGAGCUUUCUCAUAGCGCAAGCUCUUUAAAUGAAUUAGAAAGUCACGAGAGGCGUUGCAAAUUGGCACAUUCCGAAAAAUUUAGUGAUUUACACCGGUUCUACUCAAAUAUUGAGCGGCAUGGUCAAUUAGAAAAGGCAACAUCGGCUACAGAUUUAAGACCUAUACGCAGAGAAGGUGAAAUAUUAGAUUUCGACGAAUGGCGUAGAAUUCGGGCGCACCAAAAAGCUGAGAAAGAAAAAAGUUAUAUAAUAAAAAAACUUAAACAAGACGAAAGAGAGAAGGAUUUUUUAUUUCGUCCUAAGGAGAUCGAUGACGUGAAGUGGAAAGAUUACACCGAUAGUGGACUAAGAUGUAAAGAAAAAUCUGUUGAAGAUAUUCGGGACAACUUUGAAAUAAAAAUGAGAAACGCAGAAAUAAAACCGAAGAGCUUUGAAGUCGAUUCCAAAAAAGAUUUACAUAAACCCUUUUGGAGAGGAAGUUCCGUAGCAGAUAUGGCCACAACAAUGGAAGUAAAAUAUAGUUCUGAUAAAGGGUGGGCUCUAAAAAAAAAACCAAAGCCUGUAGAAAGCUUGGGUUUAAGCAAAAAACUUGUUAGCACUCUAUCAAAAGAUCAAGUGCAUACAAUCAAAAAGCAACUAAAUGAAAUAUACAGUACUACAUCUGGUGACAAAAUUCCUUUGGGGCCAGAAAAAAAUGAAAAUUAUGUUAUAACAGUCGAUAAAAUAACUAAAGAACCUCCAGGACCACUCAUAGUUCGAUGUAAUUCUUCUAUUACACAGGAAGAGUUACUUGAACCAGUUCUAAGAAGAAAAGAAGCGAAGCAAAAACGUUAUAGCCCUGCUGAAUCAACAAAGUCAGUCAUAAGCAAAAGUAACUCUAGCAAUAGUAUAAAAACCUCUUCAGAAUUUCAAAGAACACAAACAUCUAAAAAUACCGAAAAAGAAACUAUGUCCCCGGGAUCAAGUUGCGGUCAUGGAAAAUAUACGGAAUCAAGUGCGUCAGAAGCCUCAAAAAUUACAGUCAUUCAUAAUGACCAGCCAACAACAAAAGAUAUAAAAACGACCAUCAAAUACUUUGAAGAAAAAAAAAUGGAAGAACCGCCUAAAACAAUUUAUCAUGCACGCGAAGAUUCCUCCCCUGAUGAAGAAGAAAUUUUAAAAGCAAUAGAAAGUAAAAUCAAAGAUCGAAAACGUCAGCAACAACAAAUUGAAAAACCCGUUACAUCAAUAAACUACCAUCGGGAGUUCAGUACUUCUGUAUCUGACCUUAAAGAAAUAUUUGGUGAAACUGAAACAUCACGUGUAAAUUUUCGGUUACCUCAGCCUCCGCCACCCCCAGAUGAAAGCUGUUCAUAUGAGUCUUAUACCGAGCAGUGUCUAUCUUUAGACCCAAAUUUUCGUGAAUGCAAUGUUAUUCAGCACCAUGAACAAUUCUCUCCUGUAGAUAUACAUGAGCAUCAUCAAUUUAAUUCAAUUGAUUGCUGUCAAUUUAAAGAUGUUCGCAGUAUAAAAGAAAAAUUUGAAAUUUCGGAAUCACAAUUGAAAAAAUCACAUAGUGAUCCAGAUCUUAAAAUACCUAAACCUAAUGAAAAUACUGCCAAUAAAUUUGAAGGGAAAUCUCAAUAUCGCCGCGGUGAUGUUUCACACAUAACGCAUAAAUUUGAAACAAAAAACUCCAUUGCUAGGGGUCGUCCCAAGGAACGUAAAAAAUCAAUUUCACCUAUACCGAAAAUUUCAAAAAAACGUGAUGAUCGUAUGAUGCCUCAUAUAGAUAUUAUUAGUAAAACUGCCGCAUUAAAACAAGAAAUUCCAAGAAAGAGCGCGACACCUAGUCCAAUACCAAAAAAUGAUGCAAAAUUACCAUCUGGGGAAUUUGAUCGUAUUCGCUACAAAUUCGAGUCACCCGAAAGAAGUCCAUAUUCACAAAUAUAUUCUUCGAGCCCUGACAUAAGUGAAUUACGUGAUAUUUCAUCACAUUUAUCUGGUGAUUGGAUAGCUCAUAAAUAUCCAAAACAUGAUUCAUUUAAUAAUAAACCAAAGAAAAAAAUAAUUCAACAUCAACGUCCAACAUCAUGUUCACCGCCAAGAAGUCGUAAAAAGGUUGAUAUUUUCGCAAAUCAAGAUUUUGAUCCUUCAAAGCAUCGUCCGAAAGCACGUUAUGUACCUAUUGAUGAUGAAAACGAUUUGAAAGCUCAACAACGAUAUACAGUGAAAAAAGGUUAAAACAAAAUCUUAUGCACGUCUU